AUGAAGUCUUUCAUGAAACUCGCCGCCGUCGCGGCAUUGGCCACUUCGGCCCUCGCCCAAACCUUUACCGAGUGCAAUCCCUUGGAGAGGGACUGUCCCGCGGACCCUGCCCUCGGCACCGAACACACCUGGUGGUUCAACGAGACCCUCGACACCGUCAUCUGGAAUCAGAGCACCGGUACCGCCGAUAUCACCUCGGAGGGUGCCGAGUUCACCCUGUACGCCCCCAAAGAGUCGACCCUGCUGCAGUCCAACUUUUAUAUCUUCUUCGGUGUCGUCGAGUCCUGGGUCAAGAUGGCCAAGGGCGCCGGUAUCAUCAGCAGUGUCGUCCUGGAGUCGGAUGACCUUGACGAGAUUGACUGGGAAUGGGUCGGUUAUAACACCUCGGCUGUCCAGUCCAACUUCUUCGGAAAGGGCAACACCACCACCUACGGCCGCGGUGGUACCCAUGUCGUCGAGAAUGCCGACACCGAGUUCCACAACUACACCACCUACUGGGAUCAGGAGAAGCUGCAGUGGUGGAUUGACGGUGAAAUGGUCCGCCAGGUCAACUAUUCCCAGGAGAACACUGUGUACGGCAAGAACUACCCGCAGACCCCCUGCCAGGUCAUGAUCAGUAACUGGCCCGCGGGUACCGAGUCCGCUGCGCAAGGCACCGUCGAUUGGGCCGGCGGUUUGGUCAACUACGACGAAGCCCCCUUCACCAUGACCGUGCAGCGCGUGCGCGUGCAGGACUUCCACACCGGCAAGGAGUACACCUACGGCGACCGUUCCGGCAGCUUCCAGAGCAUCAAGGUGGCCGAGGGCAACUCGACCGCCCUUGACGAGCUGAACAAGCCACCCGAGAAGUCCCUCGGCGAGAAGUGGGAUGACCUGGGCACGGGCGCCCACAUCGGUGUCGGCGUUGGUGCUGCCGCGGCCGGUGUCAUUCUGAUCGCGGGCUUCCUGUUCUGGUGCAUCCGCCAGCGCCGCAAGGGUCGUCUCGAGUAUGCCCUGGAUGACGCCCAGUACACCAGCCAGCGCAACGAGGCGCAGAAUUACCAGCAAGACUGGAAGCAGACAGAGUGGAGGAACAGCGGCUACCGCCAGGUCAGCUAA